CAAGUAGUCGGACAGGAAACCGUUGAGGUGGAGGGCAAAAUAAGAUGGCGCUUUUCCUGUUAAGAGGAUGUCGGAGGUUGUCAUCGUUAAACGGCUGUUGUCAGUCUUUAAAACAUAAACCUGACACCCAUACACGGUGGAGAAAAGCACAUUUAUCGUUUCUAUUUUCCGGCAAUGUUGUGGAGUCUGUUCGGCCGUACAGCUCCGAACCCAAGCCCAAUCAGAAAAUGGUGGUCGUCGGCAUCCCAAACCCUUUUAUUUGGAUAAGAACACGCAUUUACUACUUUCUUAUCAGAGCAUACUUUGAUUCGGAAUUCAACAUCCAAGAGUUCACAGAUGGAGCGAAACAGGCCUUCUGCCAUGUUUCCAAAUUGUUGUCUCAGUGUCAUUUUGAUGCGCUUGACGGGCUGGUGGCUAAAGACUUAAUUGGUAAGCUGGAGGAAAAGUGCAGCCUGCUUCCACUGAUGUACAAGACGGCUUUGUCUGCUGACCCCGAUGAGGUCAUGUACAGCAGACCAGGAGAUGUUGGAAUCUACUACGACGACAAAGGGAGGAGGUUUGUAAGCAUUUUGAUGCGUUUCUGGUACCUGACCAGCGCACAGCUUCCUGAUGACACCUUGGAAGGGACUCUUAUCUUCCAGGUGGCUCUUGGGGAGGCAGAAACACAAAGUAAGCGCCUGCUAACUGCAAAUUACGAGUUUCAAAGGGAGUUCACAAAAGGAGUGGCACCAGACUGGACCAUUACGCGAAUAGAGCACUCCAAGCUUUUAGAUUAAAAAGGAAAACCCUG